AUGCUGCUGCCUCUGUUGCCUUCCCACUUGGGAGUGUACAGGAAGGGUGGCCACUUCCUAAAACUCCGUCACUUUCCACUGGCCUAUGUCCUGGCAGCGUUGAAAGCCUUAGUCGAGAUCGGCGAGUCGUUUGAUGCCACGAAAAUGAUCAUCUGGCAGGAGCUGGUAGCGCGAAUCUCCAAACUCGGGGUGGACUAUGACCAAGCGCACGCGAAAGACAUGGAGCGCCUGGAGAAGAGCAAUGCACUGCUGGCGAACUUUGACCCAGCAGAUUUCUCGUACGGAAUCUCAAGUGGUGUGGUGGUGCACAAGACGACCGGCGCGAAAUUGGAAGGUGUGUCUGCAAAGGAUUUAGAUGGGGCAGACAAGGCAGCAUUGCAGGGCUAUGGCCGGCCAUACGUUGAUGGCAAGCCAGGCAAGCCGGUGGAGCUGUACAAGCAGGGUGAGUGGUGCUCUCCGGUGGAGCUUUUCGACACAGAAGCUAAAUUCGAGGUGCUCAAGGACAAGUGCCUCAUCGAGCACCCGAAUAGUUGCGCGCAGAGCCCGUACUUUUCCUUCUGCUUCUGGGUGACCUACACCUUGCUGAUCACCUUCAUGGUCAUGAAUCUGGUGAUAGCCGUGAUUUUGGAAGGCUACGAGGUCGCCAGCUCUUGCAAGAGCAGUCAGCAUAUCUGCCUAGAAGCGUGA